AUGUCGGUGAAACGACGAAUGAUGCAAAUAAUGAUAAACACAUGCAAUUUCUACUAUUUCUCCCGUGUCUCCACUUUGUGCACAAAUUUGGAUGAGUGCUAUGUGGUUAAGCUGCGCUGUGGAAAAGCCGCCUUUGAAUUGACAGCCUUGUCGCUUUUCUUGAUGCUCCUAAUUUGGCUCUUGUUGAUGGUGUACUUUGUGAAGCUCAUCCAAGUUUGGAUCUUCGCUGCUUCACACUCUGGAUCGGCGAAUCUCUCAAGGCGUGAAAAGCAGCACAAUCAAAAGGUGGCAAACGCUGUAAAAGCGUCAAUGAAAAAGGGCCAUGUCAAUUUGGGAAUCGUCGGUUUCGAUGAAAACGGGCAAGCGAUCGAUGAAAGGUUCCGUGAAACGAAAUUCGUGGAAAUCGAUUUAACAGAACAGACGCCU